AACGGUGUUAUCUUCUUCGCUUACAGCAUCCAUCACUAUAAUUGAAAACUUAGAAAUCUCUGAAAAGGAAAAAGCAAAAGUAAAUUGAAGCUGAAGGAGAGGAAAGGGCUUUCGCUUUGAAAAAAGAAAAUCAGGCUGUGACCUUCUUAGUUAUGUCAGAAGCUCCAAAAAUUUUGACUUCAUCCAGAGGUCAUGGUAAAGUAGGGCCAGAUUACUUUGGUUACUAUACAUGUGAAGUAAAAGAGCUCUUAUAUCAGGAUGAAGAUGUUCUGCCUUUUACUGUAGAAAACCCUGAAAUGAGUAAAAGAAAUUGUGGCAAUGUCAGAGGCGAAGAUUCAACUGAUGGUAGUGGUAGUGGUGCAAGUUCUUCUUUUAGUAACAGCAUUGGAGCUGAGCUUUCAGAUUUCAAAAUGGAAAGAUUGAAGUCAUUACUAAGGGAGGGUGUAUUUGAUCUCUCACCAGAAGUUGAUGAGAUGUUGGAUCCUGUCAUAGCCAUGUGUCAGUUACAAUCUCAAAUCAGAAAUAGGAAGUCAGCAUCCAAGGGUCAUGCAGUGGAAGUUCCUUUUAAGAAGCAUAAGAGAUCUUCUUCCUUCUCUUCAACCAGCAUCCCUGGACAUCCCAAUCCCCUCAAUUCUGGAUCUUGUAAAGAGGUGGAUGAUGAUUUGCAGUUCCUUCUAGAAAAUAACAGCUUGCAGGUUGAGCAGAUGACGAAGAAAUAUUCUGAUGAACUCUUAGAAACGCUAGGACACAUGGAAAAACAGCUUGAAGAACUUCUUAAUGCCGUGGUGUCAAAGUGCAGACCUAUGACACUUUCUGAGAAGCAGGAGCUUUGGAAAAUGAUUCAGAAGUUACCACCCAAUAACCUUGAUCGUGUUGUUGAAAUUGUCCAACAUGAUAAAUCGGCAGAACCCCUAUCGUCUGAUGAAUAUUUUAUUGAUUUAGAAAAAGAGGUAAAGAGCCAAAAACAUGACAUCAAUUGUGAGUAUAUAGAAUUACUAAUCCUUUGCAAAAUAUCGUCUUUCAGGAUAAUGUAACACUUUGGAGACUGUAUUACUAUGUUAAAGCAGUUCAGAAAGCUAGGGAGCUCUUAGAGUAGCUAAGGAAAUGUUAUAUUAUUAACAAGAAUGUUGACAUAACUUUGCAACACCAGUGCAAUUAGUUGGUCAAGACAAAAAUCAGCUUCACGCAUUCUUAACAGUAGCUGUCCGGACUUGACGACCAAAUUUUGUUUUUGAAAUCUUCAAAAGCAUCCUCUGGAGAGUCAUAACUAGACUAUAAAUAUAAAGUUCAUGUUUUGAGUGAAUACAGAAAAAAAAGUGUUUCACCUUA